CAACUUUUUUUUUUGUCAGAAAACUCAUUCUCUCCUCUACACUGAAAGAAAGAGAAAGACAUUGGAGAAGGGUUAAAACGGGAAAGAGUGAAAGUAAAGUCACGUCGGUCCGUUUUGGUCUUGAGAGAGACAGUAAGUGAAGGAGUGAAGCCUAAGGGAAGAUAAAUAGAAUAAGGUUGUUGUCGUUGCAGUUAAGCUCUCUCCUCUCGCCAAAUCUUUUCUAUAUUCCAUUUCUACCCCUCGUCUCUUUCUCUCCAAAACACACAUCAUCAAACCAACACUUGUCUGCUGCAAACUCUCAAACCUUUCUGCUUCUUCACUCUCUCUUCUUUCUUGAUUUCAAGAUCACUCCCUUCUUCCUUUCUUUCAUCAAUGGAGUCUGAUGAUUGCUCCGUUAAGGUAGCUGUCCACAUCAGACCGCUCAUCGGCGAUGAACGGCUUCAAGGUUGUAAAGAUUGUGUCACUGUCGUUUCUGGUAAACCACAGGUACAAAUUGGAUCACAUUCUUUUACUUUUGAUCAUGUAUAUGGAAGCACUGGUACUCCAUCUACUGAAAUGUAUCAAGAAUGUGCUGCACCGCUAGUUGAUGGUUUAUUUCAAGGCUACAACGCUACGGUUCUUGCCUAUGGACAGACUGGUUCAGGUAAAACAUACACAAUGGGUACUGGCUGUGGAGACACCAGCCAAACAGGGAUCGUACCUCAAGUUAUGAACGCUCUCUUCACCAAGAUUGAGACUCUCAAAGAUCAGAUCGAGUUUCAAAUCAAUGUUUCUUUCAUCGAGAUUCAUAAAGAAGAGGUGCAAGAUUUGUUGGAUCCUUCUACUAUUAACAAAUCAGACACUACUAGUAAUGGCAAGGUAGCACAUGUCCCUGGGAAGCCACCAAUACAGAUCAGAGAAUCAUCAAAUGGUGUCAUCACAUUAGCAGGAUCCACGGAAGUAAGUGUCAGUACUCUCAAAGAGAUGGCUGCUUGUCUUGACCAAGGCUCGGUCAGCAGAGCAACUGGUAGUACCAACAUGAACAAUCAGUCCAGUCGUUCACAUGCCAUUUUCACUAUCACUGUGGAGCAAAUGCGCAAGAUUAACACAGAUUCUCCUGAAAAUGGUACUUGCAAUGGGAGCUUGAAAGAAGAGUAUCUAUGUGCCAAGCUACACUUAGUAGAUCUUGCUGGUUCAGAACGAGCCAAAAGAACUGGCUCUGAUGGUAUGAGGUUUAAAGAAGGAGUUCACAUAAACAAAGGGCUCCUUGCGCUAGGUAAUGUCAUCAGUGCGCUUGGUGAUGAGAAAAAGCGUAAAGACGGUGCUCAUGUUCCUUACAGAGACAGUAAACUUACACGGCUUUUGCAGGAUUCCCUUGGGGGCAACAGCAGAACUGUGAUGAUAGCUUGCAUCAGUCCUGCAGAUAUUAAUGCUGAGGAAACACUUAACACACUCAAAUAUGCAAACCGUGCUCGGAACAUCCGGAACAAACCUGUUGUUAAUAGAGAUCCUGUGUCCAGUGAGAUGAUAAAGAUGCGCCAACAGCUAGAAUACUUACAGGCAGAGCUCUCCUUAAGGAAUGGAGGGACCUCAUGUGCGGAACUCCAGGCUCUCAAGGAAAGGAUUGCUUGUCUUGAAACUACUAAUGAAGACCUUUGCCGCGAACUCCAUCAGUACAGAAGCAGAUAUGCUGGUGUAGAGCAUUCUGAAAAAGACUUUAAAGACAUACAAGCUGAUGAAAUCAUCAGACCUGAUGGGCUGAAAAGGAGCUUGCACAGUAUAGAGUCAUCUAACUAUCCCAUGGUUGAAGCCACAAUAGGUGAUUCAAGGGAAAUAGAUGAAGAGGCAAAGGAGUGGGAGCACAAACUCUUGCAGAACAGUAUGGACAAGGAGUUGCAUGAGCUGAACCGUCGUCUGGAGGAAAAAGAGUCUGAGAUGAAACUGUUUGACGGCUAUGAUCCGGCUGCGCUAAAGCAACAUUUUGGGAAGAAAAUUGCAGAGGUGGAGGAUGAAAAGAGAGCUGUUCAGGAAGAGAGAAACCGUUUGCUGGCUGAGAUUGAGAACCUUGCUUCUGACGGUCAAGCGCAGAAGCUGCAAGAUGUGCAUGCUCAGAAUCUGAAAUCUCUUGAAGCACAGAUUCAAGACCUUAAGAAAAAGCAAGAGAGCCAAGUUCAGCUACUGAAGCAGAAACAAAAGAGCGAUGAUGCAGCUAGGAGGUUACAGGAAGAGAUUCAAUCCAUCAAGGCACAAAAGGUGCAGCUGCAGCACAGAAUGAAACAAGAAGCAGAACAGUUUAGACAGUGGAAAGCUUCCAGGGAGAAGGAACUUUUGCAGCUACGGAAAGAAGGCAGAAAGAGUGAGUAUGAAAGGCAUAAGCUACAAGCUUUGAAUCAGCGCCAGAAAAUGGUUCUUCAGAGGAAGACAGAAGAGGCUGCAAUGGCUACCAAGAGGUUAAAAGAGUUGCUUGAAGCUAGGAAAUCUUCUCCUCGUGAACAUUCAGGUGGUACAAAUGGCUUUGGAACAAAUGGUCAGGCGUUGCAGAGAUGGCUAGACCAUGAGCUAGAAGUCAUGGUGAAUGUCCAUGAAGUGCGUCAUGAGUACGAGAAACAAAGCCAUGUACGAGCUGCUCUGGCGGAAGAGUUGUCUGUGUUAAGACAAGUGGAUGAGUUUGCAGCGAAAGGCGUAAGCCCUCCGAGAGGAAAGAAUGGUGGCUUUGCUAGGGCAUCAUCGUUGUCACCUAAUGCAAGGAUGGCUCGUAUAUCUUCACUUGAGAACAUGCUGGGGAUAUCUUCUAACUCUCUAGUGGCGAUGGCCUCACAGCUUUCUGAGGCAGAAGAAAGGGAACGUGCUUUCACAAGCCGUGGGCGGUGGAACCAGCUGAGAUCAAUGGGAGAGGCGAAGAACUUGCUUCAGUACAUGUUCAACUCUCUUGCGGAAACAAGGUGCCAAGUGUGGGAGAAAGAUGUUGAAAUAAAAGAAAUGAAAGAUCAGUUCAAAGAGAUUGUUGGCCUUCUGAGGCAGAGUGAGCUGAGAAGGAAAGAAGCUGAAAAGGAGCUUAAGUUAAGAGAGCAAGAACUUGCAACUUCUUUAGCUUCAUCUCCACUUGGAACCCCACCGAGUGCAGUGAAACAUUUAGCUGAAGACAUGAACAACACACAUUCUUCUCCAUUGACUGUGCCAGCACAGAAGCAGCUCAAGUUUACACCAGGGAUUGCGAACGGGAAAGUGAGAGACUCGGCUGCAUUUAUCAAUGCAAACAAGAAGAUGGUACCAAUGGGACAAGUAUCAAUGAGGAAACUAUCAGCAGUAGGACAACAGAGUGGGAAGCUUUGGAGGUGGAAGAGAAGUCAUCACCAGUGGAUCGUUCAGUUCAAAUGGAAGUGGCAAAAGCCAUGGAGGCUCUCUGAGUGGAUUAGGCACAGUGACGAAACACUUCUCAAAGCAAAACCACGACACAAGGCUCUCCCUAAUAAGAUCACUAAUAAGAUCAUGUGAUUAAGUAACAACUCUAUCUACCUAUGAGCAGUAUUGAGACUUUUUAUGGAAAGGUUCAUACGACUGGGUGUAGGGACGUUGGCGUGUGUGUGAAGAAAACUCUUUUAACAUUGUGUGAUAAUGUGUGUGUACCGUAUUGAGGAGAAGCACCAGGACAAGAGGGUGGAUGUGUGUAGGUAACAGAUAGAAGACGGCUUUUUUAGGAGUUUUUAUAUUUCAUGUUCAUAGAAUUGACAUCUUAUACAUCAUUGAAAAAAAAGCUCAUUGAGGAAAUAAAACCUCAUAUCUUCAAGUUUGCAGAUAUUAUUUGUAUGAAGAAGACUUUGCCAGUUUAUUUUGUUCUUUUGGUUUUGUUGUAAAUGAUAAAAUAUAUUGUUCAGUGUU